UUUUUCAUUAUUUAUUAUUCAUAAUAAAUUUGUAUUAAAAAUCACUAAACUGCCUUGCUCUUAUUUCAUAUUUGAAAAUGUACAAUAGUUCGCGCCGUAAAUGCUCAACUUUUGAUCGAUCGAGAUGAUAACUCCCAAGUAUUACCCGAUAUUCACGCGUGAAUAUCGGCCCUAAUGUUGUCGAGCUUGGUUGCAACAGUCUGUGCCAGUGAGAAAAAUAAACACAAGAGGACAACAUCAAGGAGACGGGCUGUUGUUAACUGCGACCUGUAAUAAUCGACUUGUCUAGUAUAGCGUAAAUUCUUGUGAACCCACGAGUAGAACGUCGCUUCGUGCGGAAGCAUAAAUCUCCGUAACGAAAUUCCAUUCGUGGAUUUAUAACUUUCCACGCAAAACUUACAAUGCAAUGCCAUCCUUCAGAGAGCUUCGUUCUUCUGCACCGAGCAAACGUAGAUUAGAAUUUUUAAUGUUUAAAGAAUCAUCCGUUGAAGAAGACGAAGAAAGUAGAGCGAAAAAACUGAGAAGCAUUAAUAGUAACGUAGCAGGAGACACGAGUAAUGCACUUGACGAAGCUAUGGAUAUCAUUCUGGAUGAACUGUCAACAAUUGCGGACGUGUCUAAUUCUCACAAUGAUUUUACAAUGGGAACAUGUGGAGAUCAGGAUCCACUAGAUAUCGAACAAAUUACUCUAGAGUGUCUUCGUAUCAACAUAGGCUCUUACAAAUGUAUUCCUCAGGGAAAAGUUGUUAUUUCCCAUAGUGGAAUUAAAUUUAGCGUACUUUCAUUAAAAGACGAUACGAAAUAUGUUACUCUGAAUAUAAAGUGUAUAGAUAUAAUUAAGCUUUUAAUUUAUUUUGGAAAAAUUAUGCCCCUGCUGUUCUUCUAUUCGCGUUCAAAUACGGGAGCCAUGGUACGUGAGUUAUUAGGAAUGGAAGAUGCAAGCGAACCAUAUUUCAAUCCUGCUGGAAAAGAAAUUGUACAUAAACGUAUCACAUUAUUCCCAAACAAGUUACCCGAGGAUUCAAAGGCGAUACUAUCAAGUUUGUUUCCGAAUAAAAUCGAGGAAUUGAGUUUCAAAGAAGCCAAAGUUAUACUUAACUUGUCAAUACCAAACUAUAGUUUAUCGUCGUCUAACACUACACGACGGCGAAUUCAAAAUUUAAAUAAUACUAUUUCUGUUAUUGAUAUUACUACACGGCAGCGGGGUGAAAACCCAGCCAAUAGUACUUCCGUUAGUGACGUUACUACACGGCAGCGGGGUGAAAACCCAGCCAAUAGUACUUCCGUUAGUGACGUUACUACACGGCAGCGGGGUGAAAACCCAGCCAAUAGUACUUCCGUUAGUGACGUUACUACACGGCAGCGGGGUGAAAACCCAGCCAACAGUACUUCCGUUAGUGACGUUAUUACACGGCAGCGGAGUAAAAAGUUAACUAAUACAACUUGUGUUAGAGACAUACAAACAAUAACUAUAUAUCCACCGCCACCCGCAAAAGGAGGAAUAUCCAUCAACACUGAGGAUUACUUGUGUCUCGCAGAAGACGAGUUCCUGAACGAUGUGAUUGUAGAUUUUUAUUUAAAGUAUUUGACCCUAGAAGUAUUGUCAGAAGUGGACCAACAUAGAACUCACGUGUUCAGUUCGUAUUUUUACAAACGUUUGAUCAGCCCGUACGCCGAGGCUGCCGAAAGCUCCGUGCCAAUGACACCUGCUGCCAAGCGGUACGCGAGAGUACAGAAAUGGACAAAGAAUGUUAACAUAUUUGAGAAAGAUUUUAUUAUAAUUCCUAUAAACGAAUACUCGCAUUGGUUCUUGGCUAUUAUUUGCUUUCCUGGAUUAGUUGGAACAGUCCCAAAAGCAGAAACUAGCGAAAACGAUAAUCUCAAGACUGUGCGGGCGGACAAAGAAACGAAAGAGUCGAAUGCAAGAGCUGACGAACCGGUAGAGAGUAAAACCCAAAUUAAUGUUAAAUUCGAAGAGCAGAAGGAAGUUGUCAAGAAUCCGUGCAUAUUAAUAUUCGAUUCGCUCGGUGGUACUAGUAGAUCAAGGGUACUCGCUGCGUUGAGAGAUUAUUUAAAUUGCGAGCAUGUUGCCAAGCUUGGUGUAGAGAAAACAUUCUCGAAAGGUACUAUUAAGGGAGCGUAUCCAAAGGUACCUCAGCAAUCGAAUUUAACUGACUGCGGAUUGUAUGUAUUACAAUAUGUGGAAAGUUUUUUCAAGGAUCCUGUUAAAGAUUAUACUUUACCAAUUAAAACCUUAACAACAUGGUUUGAAGAAAUUGUCGUGACAAAGAAAAGGGAGGAGUUAUCGAACUUGCUAAUUGAAUUGAUGAAUAAAGGGGACAAAACUAUUAGUUUGCCUACUAUAAAUUUCCCCACACGAGAUAGCAAGCUGAAAUCGAAGGUCGAAGAUCAGACAGACGUAAGACUGCGAUGUCGGAAACCGAAAGAGUCUACAAGUGACACGCAGAAGCAUUGAUUGUCUCGUUUAUCACGGAAAAUCCUCCAGUUAACUGAGAGGCUGAAGAAUGAUGGCAAGUUCUACCAAAAAACGAGUUUGUUAGUAGAACUUUCCCGAUCAUUUCUUAUAUGCGCAUAGCUCUAAUUCAGUUGAGAAUUAAUUCAAUAGAUACGUAUAUUUACAAUGGAAAAACACGAGAUAAACGCAACAUAUGUACCUUUUAUAGUUUAUAAUUAAACCUUUUCUCACAUAUAUUACGUAAUUAUAUUAAGUAAAUGAAAGCGUAUUAAUGUCGUAUCAAAUUAAUAACCAUAUUAAUUUAUUAGAUUGUGAAUAAACACAAUAUGAUUCUUUAAAAAUGGGCUUUUGUGUAUGAUUGACGUUACAAUUUAUUCUUGUGUACAUAAUUCUGUUUGUAAUGCAUACGUAAAUAGAAGAAAAAAAAAUAAAAGUAAUAAUUUUGUA